AAAUAUUUCGGAGCAUCAUCUGAAGUUGAUUGUGUGGCAACCGGCACGUGCGGUACUUGGAUUGGUCAUUGUCAUCAAUGAUCAUUUAAUAAUAAUUCACCGUUUAAUUAACAAUUUUAAAAAACAUGUGGUAUUUUAGUAUCAUUUGUUUAUUAUUAAUAUCAUCUUGCAUAUCAAGUGCAGAUAAAAAACACAACAAGUAUGUGACAACUCUAAUAGAUGGAAAAUGGAAAGAUACUCCAAUUGUUUUGGAAGUUUCCGAGUAUCUUAAUGAUGAAAAUUCUAAUUUGUUUUGGAGUUUCGUUGAUUUAAUUUGUAAGCAAGAAGAUGGUUUCAUAACUCAGGGUACUGAUAAAGAAAUUUAUGACCGAGUAAUGAAGUUGGCUGAAACUUUAGUCACUCCAACUGGUUUACCUGUUCUCAAAUUGUCUUUGUCAUUGAGAAUUUAUUCUGCUCGAGUUGAAAUGUUUUCUCAAAUGGCUGUGAAUAAAGAAAACAUUCCAGAUUGUAACAAUUUCAUAGAUGUGGGUGGAAAUACGUUUACAUGCUCUGCUGACCAAGUUGAAGAAUUGAUAAAUAACUCCGAAGAUAAUUUACAUACGUAUUCAGUAGAUCAUCAGUAUCCAGGAUCCUCUAAAAUAAAUAAAAAUGUGAUACUUUACGGACAGAUGGGGUCAUCAGGAUUUAAAAGUCUCCAUGAUAAAUUAAAAUCCCUUGCUGAAUCUGACAAAAUAACAUACAUUCUUCGUCAUUAUGUUAAAGAUAGGCCGGAUAAUAAGUUAAGGUUGUCGGGGUAUGGAGUUGAACUACAAAUGAAGUCAACUGAGUACAAAGCUACUGAUGAUUCUGACAUCAAAGAAAAUUCUGGCAAAGAAUCCGAAGAAAUCAAUGAAGGAGUUGAGGAAAUUGACGGAAUUAACUUUGGUGUUUUAAAAAAAUUAUAUCCUGAAAAGAAAUCUCAACUUGAUGAACUACUCACACACUUGUUGGAUACAAGUGACGAAGUAAGUGCUCUAAAAGUUUGGCAAUUCCAGGAAUUAAGUCACCAAGCUGCUGAAAGAAUAAUGAAAUCACCACCGUCAGAAGCUGUCAAAGUAUUUACCGACAUCGCUCAAAACUUUCCCAUGCAAGCAAAGUCUUUGAUUAGAACUAAAGUAAGUAAUGAAAUGAAGAAAGAAAUGAAACUUAAUCAAGAAAUAUUCUUCGGGAAUUUGCAUAUACAACCGACUGAAACAGUAUUAUUUAUAAAUGGUCUGUAUUUUGAUAUCGACGUGAUUGAUAUUUUAGCAUUACUCGAAGCCUUACGAUCUGAAUUACAUGUAAUGGAAGCUCUAUUAAAAAUUGGAUUUAGUAAUAAAAAAAUGGAUAAACUUGUCGCAUUAGAUUUGUCAAGUAAUUUAGAUAAUCAAGAUUUUGCAAUUGAUAUCAGGGAUUCCGCCAUUAUGUGGAUAAAUGAUUUAGAAACAGAUAAACGUUAUCAAAAAUGGUCUUCUGCAUUGACAUUGUUAAUAAAACCGAUGUACCCUGGUACACUGCGUCAAAUACGCCGUAAUUUUUACAACUUAGUUUUGAUAAUUGAUCCACUGAGUGAUAAAAUAAAGCACUUAUUAAACACAAUAGACACUUUAAAUAAACACUCAGCACCUAUACGUGUGGGUUUUGUUUUUGUAACUAAUUUUAAUACAUCAGCAACUGGAUUUACUGAUCCAAGUGUCGCUGUCAAUAAUGCUUUCCAUUAUUUGACAGAGGAGAAAAACCAAUUUGAAGCAUUCAAGUUUUUGUUGACGCUACAAAACUACAUUAGUGGUGACAGUAUUGAUGUAACAGACGUAAAAAAAGCUCUCAAAAUACGUGAUCCCUCUGCAGAUAUCGAUGAUAUAUUUGGUGAAGAAUCUCAGUAUGACGUGGGACGUCAUCUAGCCAUGGACUUUGUUAAACGAACUGGAUUUAAAACUUUUCCCCAAGUAUUAUUAAAUGGAGUUCCACUUGCUAGUUCUGAGGAUGCUGAUGCUUUUGAGGAAACUGUUCUUACGACAAUAAUGACUCAAACUCCGAUGUUACAAAAAGCCGUUUACAAGGGUGAGGUCGUUGAGUCUGACGAUAUUGUUGAUUUUAUGAUGAGCCAACCCAAUGUCAUGUCGCGACUGAAUGACAGAAUAUUGCAACCGGAAAACAGUAAAUGGUUAAAUUUGAUUGGUAACUUACCGAAAAAUCAAGAAAUUUCUAGUUGGAAUCAGCAAGACACUGCUACUUGGUUAAUGAAAAAUUCAAAUUACUUGGUAAUGCCUCGACGAGUUGAUAAACAACAUCUUUAUACUUACUGGGUUGCGGCAGAUUUUGAAACUAUCAAAGGGCGACAAUUAUUGCGUGAAGCUCUGAAGUAUUUAGACGGGAAUACUGAUGUCAGAAUCACGAUAAUUGUUAAUAAUAUCGAUAAAUCCAAUGAUCCACUUGUUAAUAUUAAUAUGAUUGUUCUAGCAGCGAUGGAAACAUUACCUCCGAAAAACGCUAUUAAAUAUAUCAAUAACAUUUUGCAAGAAGAUAAUGUAGCAUUAAUAAAAAUCGAUAAAUUCGAUUUCGGUGAGAACAGUAUUAAAGAAAAAUUAACAGAGCAAGAAUUUAAAAUGAAAGUAUACAAGUAUUACGCUAAAACUGCUUUGAAAUUAAUGCCUGGAGAUCGAGCAGUAGUUUGCAAUGGCCGAAUUCUCGGCCCGCUUGAUGAAGAUGAAGAGUUUACACGUGAUGAUUUUUCGCUGCUCGAACGCUUCAGUCACAAUACUUACGGCGAUAAAUUGAUUAAGAGUUUACAAGCUCUUCAAUCGACUGAUGACGAUGACGACGAUACUGAAAUUUCAGAUGACGUUAUAAUGCAGAUAACAUCUCUUCUUGUGUUACGUCCUCAAACACAAAGCCGGUAUGAUAUUCCAUACAGUGGAGACGAACACAGUGUUAUUAAAGUAUCUGCAGCAAAAUCUAAUGAAGCUGCGUUCAACCUGAUUGCAAUCGUCGAUCCAGUAUCACGUGGUGCCCAAAAAUUGGGUGCCAUUUUGAGUACUUUGCAACAGUCGCUUAAUUGCAACAUCAAAAUAUUCCUCAAUUGUGUGGAUAAAAACAGUGAUAUGCCUUUAAAGAGUUUCUACAGGUUUGUUUUUGACCCUGAAUUGCAAUUCAAUGCUGAUGGUCAACUAGUGGGAGCACAAGCUAAGUUUACUAAGCUACCAACGUCUUCUCUGUUGACUCAAUACAUGCAUACUCCCGAGAACUGGCUGGUAGAAGUCGUCAAAAGUGUCUACGAUUUGGAUAAUAUCAAGCUAGACAAUGUUGCAAUGGGAGUUCAUAGUGAAUUUGAGUUGGAACACUUAUUAUUAGAAGGUCAUUGUUUUGAAGCUUCCAUGGGAAAUCCUCCCAGAGGAUUGCAAAUUACUCUCGGCACUGAAAAACAACCUGUUAUGGUUGACACUAUUGUAAUGGCCAAUUUAGGAUACUUCCAACUAAAAGCUAACCCGGGAGAGUGGUUACUUCGCUUACGUCAAGGAAGAUCUGCUGAUAUUUAUGACAUACAUUCAGUCACUGGACAAGAUGUAAUCCAAGAUAGCAAUGAAGUUAAAGUUCUUAUUAGUUCGUUGAAGAGUCAUGUGCUGAAACUCAAAGUCUCUAAAAAGCCUGAUAAGAUGCAUACAGAUUUAUUGGCUGACGAUGAUAGUCAAUCCGGAAUUUGGAACUCUAUAUCCAGCUUUUCCGAUUAUUGGACAUUUGGCUCAGACGACACAGAAGAAAAGGAUGAAAAAAUAAACAUAUUUUCUCUAGCUUCGGGUCAUCUUUACGAAAGAUUCUUAAAAAUCAUGAUGCUCAGUGUUAUAAAACACACAAAGUCACCAGUUAAAUUUUGGUUCCUGAAGAACUAUCUAUCACCUACGUUGAAAGACUUUUUACCACACAUGGCCAAGGAAUACGGAUUUGAAUAUGAACUAGUACAAUACAAAUGGCCAAGAUGGCUUCAUCAGCAAACCGAAAAGCAAAGAACUAUUUGGGGUUACAAGAUUCUCUUUUUGGAUGUACUGUUUCCUUUGGAUGUCAAAAAAAUAAUUUUUGUUGACGCUGACCAAGUUGUACGGGCUGACUUGAAAGAACUAGUCAAUUUGGACCUGGAAGGCGCUCCGUACGCUUACACUCCAUUCUGUGAUAGUAGAAAAGAAAUGGAAGGAUUUAGAUUUUGGAAACAGGGAUACUGGAGGAAUCAUUUACAAGGACGUUCGUAUCAUAUUAGUGCGUUGUAUGUUGUUGAUUUGAAGCGUUUUAGGCGUAUUGCUGCAGGUGAUAGACUAAGAGGCCAGUAUCAAGCGCUCAGUUCAGAUCCAAACAGUUUAUCAAACUUGGAUCAAGACUUACCUAACAAUAUGAUUCAUCAAGUUGCUAUUAAAACAUUGCCUCAAGAAUGGCUUUGGUGUGAAACUUGGUGCAGUGAUGCAUCUAAAAAGACUGCUAAGACUAUUGAUUUAUGUAAUAAUCCGAUGACUAAAGAAGCUAAACUACAAGCAGCUAUGAGAAUUUUACCAGAGUGGAUUGGAUACGAUGAAGAAAUAAAAACUUUGCAACAAAAAGUGGAGAAUGAAAGUAAACAGCUUGAAAAGGAAGAAAGAGACGACCAUGAUUUAGAAGAUAGUUUGAAACAUGAAGAGCUGUAAAUUAAAAUUAUUUUAAUGUAAUUGAAGGAAUACAAAGGUGUUACGCCAUAAAAAUUGUACAAAUUAAAAUUUUUACACCCCGAUUUUCAAGCUCACUAUACAACAAUAAGUAGGAUCUGGUCUUGACAAGAACUUUUAUAGACCGCAGCAAAUGUAACUCAAGGUAAUAAGAGUAUUUAAAAAAAAAAAAAAAAAAAAAAAAAAAACAUAAAUUAAUAAAAAUUUUGUGUUCUAAUUUUUUGUAAUUUUAAUCAAGUUAAGUAUAAACAUCAUUGUUGAACUUGACGAUGUUUUAUUUUCAUUACAUCGCAUUGUACAAUAUACGCUUUAGUUUUAUAAUAAUUA